GUUUACUGGACUAAACUGGUACGUUUGCAUCUUGAAAGAUCCUUUCGUCCGUACCAUCUUUUUUUAGCUACAGAGUACGUUCGAAUCCAGUUUGAUCUAGAGCUUGUACCUGUUUAUUGGACCGACCAACCUCAGCACACGUUGUGCACACAAGACAAUCCUCCAAUCCCUCUUCAUACACACAUACAUACCAUGAUACGAAUCACUGCGACCAGCUUUUCUUUGGGUUGCCUGAGACUAUUUAUAGCCAGCAUUUAUUCGCAAUAUAUUAUGUGAAGCUAAUUAUUUUGCCAAAUAUCGAUUCAAAUUAUGGGUAAAAUUAUGCAUUUUUUGUUUUAAGCCGGGAUUGGAAAUGGGAAGAUAUUUUGGAAGCGCUUUUGUUGUUAAGAAGUCCAUUUUGGCUCGGCAAAGAAAGACUCAGAAACAGGGGUCCCAUAAAAAGGAGGAGUGACCCGCUUUCCAACACACACUAUUCUUAAAGACAUAAGAAGGAACAUCUCCUCUACUCUCCGGUUAACCCCGUCCACCUCAAUCAAACUAAAAGAUAUGAAGACUAUCAUUAUCUUUGCUUGCGUUUUGGGAGCCGUUAUCGUUCAAGGCCAAGGCCAAGAAGAGUCAUCAGACUACACUGAGAGCCUUUGCGAUUGCGGAGAGAGCACCUAUCAACCCGUUUGUGGUGACGACGGUCAAACUUAUUCCAGUGUCUGUGAAGCCAAAUGCUCCGAGCAGGAGCCACAAUGUGAAGGUGAGUGCCCUUGCCCAGAAUCUCCCUCUGAUUUGCCCACUCGCAUCCAAAAGGUGUGUCCCUUCUACAUCCGAAAAGUCUGCGGAGAUAACGGAAAUACCUUUGAUAACGAGUGUCAAGCUGAAAAUAACGGCGUGAGCGUCCAAUGUGAAGGUGAAUGCCCUUGCGGUGAAAAUGCGGAAGAAGAACAAGAAGACUGUCCAUUUUGUUGCACUAGUAGCUCUGUUGAAUGCCAAGGAAAACGUGUCGAUUGCUCUCGUUGUGACCGGACAAGGGAAAAGGGAACUCAAGAAAAGAUUCUACCCAUAAAAAGAACUUUCGAUUUGUUUUUCGACACACAACAUUCUAAAAGAUCAUCGAAUGAACAUCUCCUCCACUUAUUGAUUAGCUCCGUCUACUUCCAUCCACAACUAAUAGAAAUGAAGUAUCUGAUUAUCUUUGCCUGUGUUUUGGGAGCCAUCUUCGUUGAAGGCCAAUUUGUGGAUGAGCAAGAUCAAAACCAAGAGGAAACCGACGAAUACUCCGACAGUGGAGCAGAUUGCGAUUGCGGCCAACUCUAUCAACCCGUCUGCGGGCAAAACGAACAGACUUAUCCCAACGCUUGUGAGGCGGAGUGCAAUAAGGAGAGCCUCCAAUGUGAAGGCACUUGCCCUUGCCCACGAUCUCCCUCUGACUCUCCCACCCAAAGCCAAACAGUGUGCCCCGUUGCGAUCCAAAAAGUUUGUGCCGAGAACGGAAAAACUUACGACAACGCUUGUGAAGCAGAGAAUCAAGACCUGGGUGUCCAAUGUGAAGGAGAGUGCCCUUGCCCCGGAAACGCCGAAGAAAAUUGCCCGUUGUGUUGCACAAGCCGAACUCCCGAAUGUCAAGGACAACGUGUUGAUUGCUCUCAAUGCAGCCGAAAGUAGACCUCUUUUCUGGCUAAUUACGAUAUCUAUUACAUUGAUGAUGGCAAAUAAAACACUAUUUUGCUCAAAAGUAAA